UCCAGCAAGCAACACAGGCGACACCGUGUCGCUACAGUGUCGACACAGGUGCUUUCCAACUACGACACAAGUCGACACAAUCGUACACAGCAAAAAUGCUGUGUUCGCCUGUGUCGUCGUUUUGUAGCACCCCAGUGAGUGCCAACAUAACAUUUCAUAUUUGGUAUCAUUAAUUUUUUUAAGAAUGGUAUUGCGUGAUAUUGCGUCCAAAAGACAUCUAAAAGACGACUUAAAGACAUCUAGACGUCUUUAAGACGACAUAAUGUUGUGUGGGAACGUUCUGAAAAUUUAGACCUAGUGACAACUAUUAAAAGUGACUGCCCUGCACUCUAGUGGCAAAAUAAAAUAGCUAAAAAGCGUUCCAGCUACAAGUCGACACUGUGGGUUUGUUCUUUUUAGUUGCACUGCUGCACUAGUGCAGUAAGUUGGAAAGAGACAAACAUACUUUCUUUCACUCUAACUAAUUGCACUAGUGCAAUAGUGCAGCUAAAAAGAACAGGCCCUGUGUAACACUGUGUCACACAGUGUAUCACUGUGUUACCAUAGCUGGAAAGCACCCAAUAUCUCGUUGGUGACAACAGUAACAUUUUCUCAUGCUACGAAAUAUUACAUUUCUAAAAUGUAUAGUUAUAUGAGAAGAUGUCUAAUUGUCUCAGUAAAAUUUCAUAGAACAUUUUUAACACAAUCGGUUCACGAAAAUAUUUUAUCACGUAUGAUAGAUAGUCGUGUAAAUAUUCAUUGGAGUAAACGAUCCUAUUGUCAAGCUACGAUCCAACAGAUAGAUCGAACAAAUAUUAAUAUAAAAGAAAAAAUACAACAGGAAUUUGACGAAUUUUUAUCCAAUCCUGAAAACAAGAAAGUUUUUGAAAUAUUAAAAUUGGAGAUUGACGUUCUGCGACACAAUGCUGAAAAGGUACCUGAGAAAAUUGAGCCAAGAGACUGGUUGACGUUACUAAAAACAACGACCAAGACACAAAGAAAAAGGUAUCUCAAGUUUUUGUGGUUGAAUGAAAUGACUGCGUUAAGUCAAAAGGCGAAAAAAGAAUUGAAGAAAACUGAAGCGCUUGCUAAGAAAGCAGAACAAAUUGAAGAUACUGGUGAAAUGAAAUAUGGACUUUCAUAUAAUACAUUAUUUCUACGUAUAUACGAAUCAACCAUGAAUCGCUAUUAUAAUAGCAGAGUAUUUCGGGCUAUGAUGUUUGAACCAAAAAUUGUAUUUGAUUGCGGCUAUGAGGAAUAUAUGAGUCCGCGUGAGAUACAUGCUUGCGCUAAACAGCUGACUCUAUCAUUUGCCGCCAAUCGUGUUCAUAUAAAUCCUAUGUCUCUCUAUUUUUGUAAUAUGAAUGAAGCAGGAUCACUUUUGCAGCAGUGCAAUAGCUUUAUGCCUAAUUUACUGGAUGAUGAUUGUCCAUUAACUGUAACAUCUCAAUCUUAUUUAGAUUUAUUUCCGAAAAAUCAAUUAAUAUAUCUUACUCCACAUUGUAAAGUAAAUAUGACUGAAUACAAUCCGGAAAUGGUAUAUAUCCUUGGAGCAAUAGUAGACAAGCAAAAUCAACAACCUUUAUCUUUGGCAAAAGCUAAGAAAGAAGGUAUACAGAUGGCCAAGUUGCCUUUGGAAAAUUAUCUUCCUUGGGGUACUAGUUCAGGAAAGAGUUUAACGAUCAAUCAAAUGAUGGAUAUAUUAUUACAGUUAAGACAUACAAAAGAUUGGAAGGAAGCAUUACAGUAUGUACCAACUAGGAAAUUGAAAUCUGCCAGAGAACAUAUGUUACGAUUAAAAUUGGAGAGAGUUUUACACAAGAAAGAAGCAAAAACUGACAGAUCUGGAAGAGCUGAAAGAAAUAUUUUGAAUUCAGAUUCUCUCUCUGAGAGGCAAACAGAUUUUACAUUUGCCAGUAGAAAGGCCAAUAAACAUAACUGAUACAUAAUAAAUAAAAAUUAGUA